AUGCUCUGCUCCGAGUCUGUAUUUCUUGUACGCGGAGUGCUAGUGUAUGAGCUCGCGCAGUACUUUGGUGUCAAGGGCUCUAAGGAGUAUUCGCUGGACAAGCUCAAGAUCAAGGUUGCGAGGCUGUGCUCAGCUGUGGUCAGUGAACGAUUCGUGGAUUGCAUUCGGAACGUGUACGCCUCAACCAUCGAUUCGGACUGCAUGAAGGGCAUGGCCGUGGCCAAUAUCGCAAACGUGCACUUUCGCGAGCUGUGGGAGACGCCCCUGCAGGACUCGAUGCGCGAGGGCGGCGAUUUUGCAGUCAACCUCAUGGAGUAG